CUUCCUCCGUACCUGGUAACGAAGCCCGGUGUGUUAAUUUGACCAACCAACCAACUAAACCCCUUCGUCGGAUCUUUCUUCCCACGUUGCCUGUUUCUGUCUCUGUCUCCCUUUCGCUUCUCCCUCUUUCUCACACACUCGCUCGUCCUCUCUUUCUCCCUUCUCUCCCCCCCUUCCACUCCCAAUUCGGUGUCUCAGCCUGGUCCCCGGCAGGCACGUUAUGAAAUGAGACUAUCCUACCGGAUUGGUGCGGCCGCACUUAUCAUCCUCGCCAUCAUCCUCAUCAAACGCCACCUCGACCUCGUCCAGGAUGAUGCGCGCGUCCAGUCUGGCUGGAGCUUCAGCUCUUUCUCUGCUGAAUCGGUUGCCGACACUAGCAGCAACAGCAACGGCAACGGCAACGUUAACAUCAACAAUGUGAACCCCGAUAGUGCCACCGACCCCAACACCGACCGGGUAUCAACUCCGAAGAGCUCGAAACCGAAACUCACUGGCAGCGACAUGACCAACAGCAAAGACUCCGAUUCAGUUUCGCGUCCGGUGUACGAAACCACCCCAAUCAUCGUCCCCAAUGAUCGCGUUAUCGUUAUGGCAAGAUUAUCCACCGAGGACACCAGCUGGGUGAGCACCGAUUUGAACGAAUGGCGCAACGUAAUCUACACCGUCGACGACAUCAACGCAUCCCGUCACACCCCCAAGAACAAGGGCCGCGAAGCCCUCGCCUACCUCCAAUACAUCGUCGACCAUUACCACGAUCUCCCCAGCACCAUCAUCUUCAUCCACAGCCACAAAGACGGCUGGCCCGGCGCCUGGCACACCGACACCAUGGCCUACAGCAACGUGGAUUCCAUCCGUGCACUUCAAACCGACUUCGUCCAACGCAAUGGCUACGUCAACCUUCGCUGCCAGCAGAGCCCCGGUUGUCCGGAUGAGAUUCGUCCGUUCCGUGACCCCCCGCAGUUUGGACGCACGACGGAGCGCGUCUACGCGCAGUCGUGGAUCGAAUUAUUCAACAAUACCGAUGUACCGGAGGUGGUUGGUGUUGCGUGUUGUUCGCAAUUUGCGGUGUCCAAGGAGCAGGUGCUCAAACGGCCGUUGGACCAUUACCAGUGGUUUUACGAUUGGGUGUUGAAUACGGGGUUGUCGGAUGAUUUGGCCGCUCAUGUGAUGGAGUAUAGUUGGCAUAUUAUUUUUGGUCAGGAGGCAGUUUACUGCCCCGACGCCUACCAAUGCUACCAGGAUGUCUACGGAAAUCCUUAUUUCUGGUGAUUCUUCUGUACAGAAUACCCCUUUUGUUCUACUCUUUUUUUCUUUUUCUUGUUUCUCUACCCUUCUAUCUUGUAAUCUCUUGCUCAAUCUGGUUUUGCAUCUGACGACUCACGUACGUAAACCUUGGUUGAUCUGCUUUUCUUUUCUCCGGCUUCGAGGUGUUGACUGUACAUGAUUGGGAAUUUGGUUAAAAGUCGUCAUUGAGCAACAAUAUAUACUUAUGAAAGAAAUUUAUUCUAUUUACCUUUUUUUGGGUACUGAGCUGAUGCAGGGUUUAGAUCAUAUACGGAAGGAAUUUUGU